AUAUAAUAAUUAUUAAGGUAUUUACUCCAGGAUAUUAGUGUUUACUGUGUUUUAAAAUGUCGUCCUCAAACCUCUCUACACAAGACAAGAGAGAUCUUGACAAAUUCAUUAAAUUUUUGAGCUUGAAAAGCACUCAGAUUAUCGUACAAAGCCGCUUGGGAAGAAAAGUUAGCACAAAAUCUGUUGCCUCGCCAACUGGGGCUGAAUGGUUCAACCUUGCUGUGAAAGAUUACCCAGAGAUACAGAAAGAGGCAAAAGCUGCUUUGAAUAAUGGCAACCCAUCUGUGGAGCAAAGUUUGGUGGUUGAAAUAUCACUAAGAACAAGCGAUGCUGAUUUGCUAGUGCUGGAAGUGUGGUCUCUUAGUGUUACAAACAGAUUAGAAGAUGUUCGUGUUCACCACACAAUCUACAACCGAAUGUCAUUACUUUUGAAAUCCCUCCUAUGUGUUACGAGGCUUACACCAGCUUAUAAGUUAUCACGGAACCAAGGAAGUGAAUACGUUAUCUGCUACAGAGUCUACAUGGGCCAGAUAAGCCAGACUGGGCUUGGUGAAGGAUUCCAAACCCUUAGAGUUGGUUCACUUGGUACACCCCUUGGUACCAUAACUAUGUCAGCUGCAUAUAGAACCAACCAAAAUUUACAUGUCUCUACUAAAGGACUAACCCCAAAGAUAGAGUCAGUGAUGCCAGUCAAAAACGAUUACUUCGGCAACACUGCACGACCCCACAUCUCCUCUCCUGCACGGCCGUGUUACACACUCAAGUCAAGGAUAAGAACAAUGAGUGAAACAUCCGAAACAGCAAUACCAAGUGUGGAGUCUCCACCAUCGUGUCAUUUGUUCAAUACAUCAUUUUCAACUUCGCCUGUGGAUUAUAAACAUAAAGGCGAACAUAUAUUAGACAGGAGUGAACAGCAAGCCACGUUUACAGUUGGCACACCACCUCGCCUGACACGUGCCUCCACAUCUAGUCCUAUCCUUGUGCAUAGGAACAAAUUAUACCAUCCACAGAACAGCCCACAGUCACCACCGGAAAACCGCCACCAAUCGUUUAUAAAAUCUAAAUCAAGAGACCCUACCAUACAAAAAUAUGGUUCCUCAGCCCCACUGAUGCAGGUUUUUUACAAACAUCAUACACCACCCCAACCCAGUGUCACUGCAGCGUUAGAACCCCAACCCCCCUUCCAAUGCUCACCAGAUAGGCAGGAAAAGACUGCCGUACAUUGCUACUCCACCUCUCAACCUACCAAAUACUGCCAUUGGACUAACUCCAAUGUACGGACAAUAACAGCGCACAAUAUACCCCCCUCGAAAGGUGGGGAGUUCAGUACAGAUCUUCAAACAACCACCCAUAUUUCCCCACCACACCCACAACUAGUAACGGGGGCGUUUGUAUCCGGCAAAACAGCAGCAAGAGCCAAAGCAGCAAUUGCAGAAGCAGAGGCAAAGCACCUUGCUUUCCGAGAUUUACUCCGCACUACACCUACCGAUUGCCCAUCUGAAGACAAUGCUUCACAAUUGAGUAGUUCACCUGAAAGUUUGGCAAAAGAAAUCAUUGGAAAAGAGAGCAAGAGUUUGAAUUCUGUUCCACGAAGAUAUAGCAGUAGUAGCAGCCUUUCUUCUAAGCAGAGCACUGAUGGUUCUGUUGCUGCCAAACAAAAUUCAGACGACUAUGUUAUGGUGGACUUGAAUCCAGCGUUUGCACGAAAUGAUUCCUCAAUUGACCUUGGUACAUUUUAUCGCGAAUGUGAAAACGUUCCUGAGCUUAUAAUGUUUAAUGAACAGCAUGGUACUGAAACUAAUGAAACACUGUUGGAUUUAACAAAACAGCUUGAAGACUAUGAGCAGGAGAUGACAGACUUUGAUGCGUUUCUGCAAGAAAUAAAUGCUGCUGUUUAGUUGUGCUUUUGUUAUUGUUUUUAUAUUUUAAAUUUUAUUUGUCAUUUUUCGCAGGAUUGUGCAAUAUUGUGUUUUCGAAAGCAAAUGUUGUACAUCCUAGUACCCUAUUUCCUUUAUCAGAAUAUGGCACUGUUUUUAUUUGAAUGAAAUAUUGGUUGUUUUAACAGUUACCGAUUGUUAUUUGCAUACUAUUGACAAAUAUAGUACUAAACUACA